AUGUCCGUUUUCUAUCUUCUGCAACAUCUAAAGCACUUUAUUGGCUGGGAAUCAAGCUCGAUCGCUUCCCCAAGUCCUUAUGCCGAACCCAAAGGCGUUGCCAGAUGUAGCCUGGAGUCAUUCGACCCCCCACCUCUCAACACCAACCUCACACUACCGAUCCUCCCCCCUGAGAUAGUGGAGUUGAUUGUUCGCCAUGCAGCCCAGCCGCUCCAGCCUCCCAGCCACGCGUCUUAUAAGGAACAAUUGUUGAUCAAAAUGUGGUUUUCCGUUGUUGUCCUCCACGAGCCCUCGGACUGGGACCGAGUGAUGAGCCCGGAUUGGAUGGGCGGCUUAGGGCCUGUAGUUCGCGUUGUUUUAGCUGCCAAGGGUGCACUGACGUCGUCCCUACGGAACCGCACAAACACCGAGGUGCUUAUGAAUUUCAAUGGUCUCAGCCGAGUAUCCCUGGACUAUCACAAUGACUUUCUCAGAUCUGGGUCCAAUUACCCAUAUUACCAGCUCAUAACAGAACUACCUAGAUCUUUGAAAGUUCUCGAAAUACUCAAUGCUCAUGGACCUGACGAGCACAUAAUAAAACUCGCAUCUCGCUGUUGUCCGGACUUGACGGAACUUCGGCUCGGACGAUGCACGAUGUUCAACAACCAAAACUAUAGAGGGGUCGAAGCGUACGCUGCCGCUGUCGGAAACCUCAUUGAAAACAUGCCCAAGUUGCGAGUGUUGCAUAUCGGCGUCUAUCUAACUCCUAUCGAAGCCGUCUGGGCCCAUCGUGUUGACCAUCGCAGUUUGCACCCUAUAACAGAUGUCAUGCGCCACGAGAAUCCAGAGGGCAUUCACAAUCACCUUCAUCAGGUUGCUCUUGCCGCUGCUAAUGGUGAAGAUCCUGAGCCACCUGUCAACUAUCACUACCCCCCUCUUGCGAAACAAGAAAUCUGGGAUGCGCCUUGCUCCGAAUGUGAUAAAUACUUCAAGGUACCGGCUGAAAACGCCGAGAUGCGCACCGCUUGUGUUUAUCUGCCAGGGUCUGGUCACUGCGAACCGUCUCAUUUGCGUCCUUCACGUCUCCUGGGCGACGCCGAUGGGAAACUUCUUGACGAGGAAGAUGCCAGUGAGAUGCUCCCCCAACUUGGACAGGAGAAUCCGCCAAUCCGGCAGAUCAAGGUCGACGCGGGACGAAUUCAAGGAGGUGACUUUUUCAAGCGAAAGAGUCUUACGUUUGAAAUCUCGAGUAUUGGGAACUCGAUUGUUAUAUCACCGCCUAUAAACGAACCCAAUAUGCCAACAGUCAGUUUUGCGAUGGGCUGA